AAAGUAAUGCAUUCUGCCGGUAGUCCGGGAAAUUAAAUCAAUAAUUUCUCUGUCGUACUAUAACUACGAUAACUACAUUCAAAUAGCUUUGUUUGUAAAUAGUACAUCACUAUGGGAUACUGAAAGACGCAUACUUUUGUUUACUUCUAAGUUUGUCACAUACAUUUGGUGAAAAUUGAAGACACCAUGCCGCCCGACAGAGGUGCUGUAAAGAAAUCUCCAUAUGAUGCAAAGCAACAGAGCAGUACACCUCAAAAGAAAAGUGUUAAAGAUGGUGUCAAAGAUCUUCGUUCUAAAUAUGAAUCAGGUAGGGAUAAGGGAACCAACAAAACAAGAGACUCAUCAGGCUCUCGUACUAGUAAAGAGAAGUCCCAGAAAGAGGACUGGAAGGUGAGUUCUUCAGUCAGAGAAAAACUUGAAGUGCUAAAACGUGAAGCAGAGAAAACAAGAUUAUCAAGUGAUAAUGUGAAGAAGGACAGAUUUCAACCAAGGGAAUCUCGCUCUACUAGCCGCGUUACCAAGGAAACAAGUAACAAAGAUAUGAAUCCUCUGUCAACACCAAAUCGAACCCCAGGGAGAAAAGCAACUACUGGAGAUGCAGCACCCCAUAGGACCCAGCUGUCAUACCGUGCUACCCGCACUGCAGAAAAACCAGAGGUGACCAGUACCACUAAAGGAGGUGUGAAGAAGUAUACAGUCCCCACUUCAAAUUCGAAUAUAAAGCGCGUAGAAAGUAGACAUCACGGAUCUACACAGAAAGAGGUAGCAAGAACCGAAAAACUGCCAAACAAACUCAAACACCCAGAAGGGAAGGAGCUAAACAGAGAUCGGGGUCAGCAAGCAGAAAGGGUUUAUGAGCCAAAGAGACUGAGUCGAGACCGCACACGAACUAGAACACUGAGUCCACAAGAGGUGAAGGUGGCAAGAAGUGACCCUGAGGGAGCAAGAGUUUCAAGUGAUAGGCAGAAGCAGUCUGCUGAGAACAUGGCGACUGACUCUACUGCAGCCUCUGUCGCUGAGGGAGGCAGUGGCACUCAUGAGCAACAGCAAGAUGAUUAUGAUGAUGGAGACUAUGAAUAUGAAGAUGAUUUUGAGGAUUAUGAAUCAGAUUUUGAAGACAUGUCUGAUGAAGGAGCAGACAUUGGGAAUGAUGUUAGUAACAGUACUGAUGACAGUGAGUCGGGGCUUGUAGAACUCACACCCCGACAGCAACCAUUUGUGGAAGAAGAAAAAAAAUUGGACUCUGGCAACUAUGACUUGGCUGAACGCAGGAGGAAAAGCAGGGAAAUGCAAGAAAUCAAGACGGCAUUAGAUAGAGAGAAUGAAGCAAUGUCUCCUCAAGAGAAGACAGUAUCUCAUACAGUUGAACACAAUGUGCCAGCUGAUGAGGGUUAUGAAGAAGGUAAAAUGGAUGACAACAGAAAAUUCUCUACACCAGUUACACAUUUAAAUUUUAUCAAUUUUGCCAAUGCAAGAAAAAGAAAACAAGGAAAGAAGGCAACUGCUACUGCUAAGAAGAGAGGUGAGGAACUUCUUGACAUGAUUCGGCUUGAUACAGUGAAUUUCACUUUAUUUGAGCUCACUCCUGUUCCGUAUGAAGUGUAUAUGAAGAUCUAUGGAUGCUCAAACACUCUGCAGGCCCAUGUACAGACUAAUGAAGAUAACCUCUGUGAAGAAGUACAGACUGAUGAAAUAAGUUGUAAGGAUAAGUGGACCCAGAAGCCAGUCUCCUUUCAAACCAGGAACAGUGACAAGAACUCUGUGGAUGAAGUUACUAUAUUUUCACAGGACCAUCUUGGAGUUGGUGGAGACACAUUGGAAGGUGAUCCUGAGUCCUGGAAAGAGAGACUGAGGGUCGAUACUGUGAGACUGAACCGGUUCCUUUCAUCUGCUGGACAGGUUGUUUCAAUUUUAUUGGAAGAAAGAGAGAUGCUAGGCACGAACAAGCUUAAUAGAAACAUGAUGGACAUUCCAUUCAGUGAUGGUUACAUCUCUCUUGGUGUGGAAUCUGUUCCAUUUCUAGUGGGCAGACCUAUUACAAUAAUCCGUUUUCCAUGUCGUCAUUCCAGUUUGUUACUUACUGUCCAUAAUAAGACAGCACUGGAGGAUAGACAUACAGAAAACAUGUCAAUAUGUCGGAGCAUGAUAGCAAUAUGGAGCAUUCGUGAACCAUCAUUGCCCCAGAAGAUUCUUGUGGCUGUUCAUGAAAUCACUGCAAGUUGUUUUGGUCCAACAACAACCAAUAUAGUGUUUGCAGGGCAGGAGGAUGGAUCACUGUGUGUGUGGGAUUUAAGGGAGAAGUCUCAUUGUCACCAGAAGGUUGAAACUGGACACACGGAGUGGGUGCUACGAUCACCAACCUACAACACAGCUGAGAUUUUAAAAGACAAAGGACAUCUCAGUAAGAUUGUUGCAUUGCAGCCAUUUGGUGGGACUGAAGCAGAAGCUGAUAUCUCUGGAAACACAGAACUUUCACCAACUCAGAUUUGCAGUCUGGAUGAAGUUGGUACAAUCAAUAUAUGGACUGUGAUCCAGAGUUAUAAGCAGGGUCAUCAGAGUGCACUGCCUUCUCAGGAUCUGGGGCUGGCUCACUGGGGCAGAGUGCGCUUGGUGUGGAGUUCCACCUUCUCACUUAUAGACACCAUCUCACUGGACCAGCACUUGUGCUUCAAUCUGACAUGUUUCGAUUUACAGCUUGAUAGUCGUGAUCACAAUCAUCUUUACAUCGGUACCAAUACAGGACAUGUAGUGCACUGCUUGAAAAGUGGUGGCAAGCCUGCACCGCAGUUUUACAUUCCAAAGGGGGAUUGGUUGUGAAGUGGGGACAGUCAGGCUGUAUUCUCAGGCUUCAGAGCGACCCCUUGCAACAUUGGCAGGAACAGGUGAUCCUUUUGGUGAAGGACCUCCCAUUGUUUCACUUCAAUGGUCUCGGUCCAAGCUCUUCAUCUUCUUUGCCCUUGACUCCUUAUCAAGAAUCCACAUUUGGGACCUGAGUAAAAGCGACAUCUAUCCAUUGUACACUGUACCUUUUGGGACUGUCUCAGCCAUGCAGUUAUCACCAGAUGUAGGUGAUGCGAAAACCCCACCUCACGUUGCUCUUGCAACUGGCCCUGGACGAGUGGAAGUCCACCAAUUAAGACAAGAGUACUACAGCCAGUCGCCAGAUGAAGCUGGCAGGGAACUAGACAAGUUGUUACAGUGCCACGCUUUCAGAGUAAGAUUGUCAGGCACUAUAUCGUCGCGAACUUCGGCGCCAAAUACAUCUUCAUGAUCAGGAACGCCUGCUUUUCCGAAUGUGACGGCAGGCAUGGACAUAACGUUUUAAGCAACGUCCU